AUGUUGGAUAGGCUAAGCAUUUCUUCAAAGGGUGAGUUUUGUGAUAGAUUUGGGAAUGUAGUACAACUAAGAGGCGUGAAUCUAGAUCCAAGUGUUAAAUUCCCCUCUGCUCCAUACCAUUCCACACAUAUUCCUGCAGAUGAUCUCUUCUAUGAGGCCGCAGAAGAUGUGAGUUUCAUUAACCAUCCGUUACCCCUAGAUGAGGUAGAAACGCAUAUUAGAAGGCUCAAAUCAUUAGGUUUCAAUGCAAUUAGAUUCCCUUUUUCAUGGGAAUCCAUAGAACAUAAGGGUCCUAGGAUGUAUGAUUUUGACUAUAUGGAUUAUGUUAUUGAUGUUUUGAAAAAAAUUGACAGAAUAGGUUCCAUAUAUGUAUAUUUAGAUCCACAUCAAGACGUCUGGUCAAGAUUUUGUGGGGGCUCUGGAGCUCCAUACUGGACUCUAUUAGCUGCAGGCUUACAACCAACUAGGUUUAAAGAAAAUGAAGCUGCUAUUUUACAUAACUACUAUAUUGAUCCAAGAACUGGUAAAGAAUCAUCAAAAUUUCCUAAGAUGUUGUGGACUACCAAUUACUAUAGAUUGGCUUGUGAAACGAUGUUCACUUUGUUUUUUGGUGGGAAGCAAUAUGCACCAAAAUGUGUAAUCAACGAGGAAAAUAUCCAGGACUAUCUUCAAAAUUGUUUCAUCGAUGCAAUCAUGACAUUUUAUAAAAGAAUACAAGACAAAGCUCCUGAAUUGUUCGAAGAUAAUUGUAUCAUUGGUCUUGAAAGUAUGAAUGAACCAAGUAACGGUUACAUUGGCGAAAAAGAUUUGAAUGCUUUAGCAAAAGAAAGAAAUUUGAGAUUAGGUACCACUCCAACUCCGUUUCAAAGUUUCACUUUAGGCGAAGGAAUUGAUACUGUAGUUGAUGAAUAUGUUUUAACUAAAUUGGGUCCCUCUAAGGAUAAAUCAAAAUUAAUUAAAUGUAAAGGUUAUAGUGCAUGGCUGUCGCAAGAAGAGAGAUAUGACGUUGAUAAAAAAUAUGGUUGGGAAAGAUCCUCUGAAUGGGAGGCAGGGAAAUGUAUAUGGAGACUGCAUAAUGUUUGGGAAUUGACUGUAAAUGCUAAGCCCAAAUUGUUACAACCAGAUUAUUUUUCGAGAGCUGAUAAACUUGGUGUUGUUGUGGAUGAAAGGUAUUUUAUUAACAACUUUUUCGUCGACUAUUAUCGUAACUUGUAUACCAAAUAUCGUGCUAUUGAUACCAAUGCCUUUAUUUUCAUGCAACCUCCAGUUUUCAAAGAACCUCCACAAAUACGUCAGUCUGGCCUUCUGGACAACAGAACAAUCUGUGCAUGCCAUUUUUAUGAUGGUUUAUCCCUAAUGAUGAAAACCUGGAAUAAAAGAUUCAAUGUCGAUACGUUUGGAAUUGUACGAGGUAAAUACUCCAACCCUGCAUUUAGUGUAGUUUUUGGUGAGAAAAAUAUUAGAAAAUCAUUCAGAAAGCAACUAAAACAAAUGAAAGAUGAAGUUGGCCACAUUUUAGGCAAAAAUAUUCCUAUCUUUUUCACUGAAAUCGGUAUGCCAUUUGAUAUGGAUAAUAAAAAGGCUUAUCUUGCUGGUGACUAUACUUCACAGACUAGAGCUAUGGAUGCAAUAUUAUAUGCUUUAGAGGGCAAUAAUCUUUCAUAUAGUCUAUGGUGCUACUGCUAUAAAAACUCACAUAAAUAUGGCGAUGGCUGGAACAAUGAGGAUUUUUCAAUUUGGUCUAUGGAUGAUGUAAGAAAGAACUUCUCAAGAUCGAAUAUGAAAUUAUCCAGAAGUGGUACCCCUACACCAGAAUUAAAAAGAUCUUCAACAUCAUCCUCUUUCAUCAAUUCUAGAACAGGCGCCAGAGAUUUCGUUAAAGUUACUUCAUUCAGCAAUGAAAUUAAGACAGCCCCGGCCAACUUGGGCGGCAUCGACACAUUUGAAGGAUUUCGUGCACUAGAUGCUCUCCUGAGGCCAUUUCCCCUGAAGAUUCAUGGUUCUUUCGUCUAUGCAGAAUUUCAUAUGGCAUCUUCCUCAUACAUAUUGAAAAUCCAUGCUAAAGCAGAUUCAAGCUCGUCAACUGAAAAUAAAAACUCAACCUACAUUUUCCUUCCUUCAUUCCACUUUACCAUGGAUGACCUAACCAUUAGAACCUCAUCAGGUUCCAUUUCAUACGAUCCAGAAUACCAAGUUCUCAAAUGGAAUCAUGACGCUGGAAAUCAAUUCAUCAACAUAGCAUUAGCAGAAGACAAGAGAUUAAAUUCUGGGAAAUCUGACUGUAUCAUUUGUUAG